CGUUUUACACGUCCGUUUGUUUUAUAAUAUCGUUGUUAGUGUCGGAAAUAGACAAUGACAACGCGUCGUGCUUAGACAGGUGACUCUCAAUUGAGCAACAGUUGUGAACAGAGCAAAGGGCAGACAGAUAAUAUUCCCAUGCAGUCUCCGGGUGAAAGCCAGCUCUGGUGCCCCGGCCAGUCCCUGUGGAGCCUCAUCACCGAGCACGUUACCGGCUCCGAGCUGCCGAAGGUCCACACGGCGCUGGGCUCCUCUCUGGUCGACGUGUACACGGAGGUGCACGCUGAGGCGGCGACGUGGCACAUGAUGUGGCGAGAGGGCCGGCGAGGAAGCGGCAGCAGCGGAGGGGGGACCCCGCUCCCGCGUCGGCAGGCCUCCCCUCUAGCCGACCCCCCCGCGGUCAAAGAGCUGGUCAGAGCCGAGGUCAAGAUGCUACUACAGACUCUGAGAGAGAGGAGCAGCCGGGAGGGAAGAGCUGUUGAGGAGCUCCGGAUUCGGUACAGACCGGAGACCGUGGACUACGUCCUGGGUCGCCCCGACAGCUCCUGCAGAAGCGCUGCAGACGCCCACGGCGGAAGCAGGCCCGGCUCCCACUGCUCAGUCCGGUCCAAUGCUGACGAUGAGAUUGAGGCCGUGAGGGACCAGCUGAAUGCCAGCGACAUUGACCAGGUGGCGGAGCGCCUCAGGUCUGUCCUAACAGAGGAAUGUGAAGCACUCACCCGGCUGGUGAAACAUUUUAAGGGAAAUAUUAAACAAAAGUUGCAGAGUCCACGUGAAGUUGAUAAAUCCGAACCUUCACUUGCAGAGCUGAGAGAGCUGAGAGGAGCUAUCCAAGUGGACCUGGAGCUUUAUCCAGCUCCUUCCCCUCUCUGUCUGAGGGAACUGAAAAACAGUUUCAGACUGCCGGCGGCCCAACGGGUUUCUGAUGAGACUCUGCGAGCUCUAAGCAGCACAUCGGCCUUCAGACCGCGUCCUCCUCCUCCUCCUCAUCCUCCUCCUCCUCCUCCUCCUGCCCUGGGCCGUCCUGCGCCGAGGCCACCGCCGGGCGCUCCUCCCAGCGAGGCCUCCGCAUCGCUUAAAGCAGUGUCCCGGGUCCCCGGAGAGCGGAGAAGCACCUCGGCCUCCACCGGACGCAGGAAAAUAAAAGCACCCCCCUGCGACAGGGUCGCCGCGUCCGCGCCUGCAAGCCGCCACUCGGCCGCUCCACCUGCAGGACCCGAAAACUCACGCGCCCUCCACGAAACCCACCCGUCACCUCUCGCGGGACGGGACGUCGGUUCUGUCCCCUCGUUCCCUCGUUGCGAAGCCGGCAGCAGCGGCGGCAGCAGCCGCGAUAGUACGGAGCGUCCCGCGUCCGCGACCGGGAGGUCAGGGACACAGAACGGGCGACGGCGUGGGAGUUUUUCGGCGUCAACAACCGUGCAGGCGGACCUCGACAGAAGUGACCGUGUGGCGGGUGGAGGCCAUCGCCAAAGCCCGGAAGGCACACGCAGCCACCCGGCAGCGGUCCCGGUGAAUGGACGAUUCUUUACCGCUCCCAGGAAAGCACUUGAGAGCAUCACAGGUCAGGCAAAAGGUGUCCAGGAGGCAGAGCUGGAGUUUGUCAGCCAGCGUCACCGGCCCGUCCCUCCGGCCAGGGUGACAACAUGAGGCCACAGAGCAGCUGGGGCUGAAGAUAAGCAGGAUCAAUGCGACGGGUCUUCUGUGUUGCAUUGGAUGAUGCUGCUGUAUCCUCCAGCUGUCUGUCUUUCUGCAAGACAUCAAAAAGAAAUCACAACAAUGUACUUUAAAAAAACUUUUCUAUAUAAAAUGUAUGCCGUUUUAUCCUUUAUUUCCUUUAUGGACUAUUUUUUUCAUCACCUGUGAAGGUCUUGCAUUUGAUUUGUUCUGACAGAGAAAUACUGGAGGCUGUUUUAUAUUAUAUUAUCGGCUGCAUUCAAUCUCCAAAUGUAAAAACUUUCUUGGGGAUUAUAACAAAUAAAGGUUUUUGAUGCAAAUUCUUCAA